UAGAACUAAACAUAUUGCUAAAUUUAGACGGUUGCUUUCGGAACCAUAACACACCACAGCUCUUUCACCUUAUCUUUUGAACCAGCACAACUCUGCGAGUCACAUGGGCUGUGAGACAGUGAUCGCACUUUCUGUUGGGUACUCCAUUUCUGCCCAGCUGUAGCCUACAACACGUUUCGAAACUCUGGAGGUUUUUUGCGUAACAUUGGACAGUCAGUGGGUUUAAAUCUUACUAUAGGAGACUCUGAUGUCCUCUGUACAGUGCAUGGUAUUUUCGCAAGAAAAAUAGCAGCAUCAAAAUGUCUUUCUUAACCAUACCAGAACCAGAGGGUCUUUUCACCUCGGUGAAGACUGGCAGGGUAACUGAAGAGGGGCACUCCUCCGUGGAUGAGGACGAUGAUGACGAUACACAGAAUGUGCAUCUCAUCCCAAGGUCUUCUCCGAUACCCAGAAAGCGUGGACAAUCAAUCUACGACGAGGACGCCGAAUAUUUACGAAUCCGAUUGGGGUUGGUGUUACCUGCAAGGAGAGUAUCAUUCGCCGAUACAACAGGUGGAGACCUAGUGGAUGUGAAGGAAUUUGUCGCAUUUGAUUCGGACGAGGAAGAUGCAACGUAUGAAGCAGAAGAAGCAAAGUACCGGCGGCCAGAUCGUCACCCAAUUUACCGUGUGAGGCCAGAGUUCGACAUGCCCACCCCCUCUACAUUGACGCACGCCGUUCACACUAAUAAGAUAGAAGUGGAAAUGGUGUCAGCUGUUGAAGACGAUCCACUGACAUUCAGGGGGGUUAUCAGAGUCUUAAACAUCAGCUUCAAUAAAGCAGUCUAUAUUCGUUCGACUAUGGACAGUUGGGGCACUUAUUAUGAUUAUCCAGCCGAAUAUGUCCAGGGAUCACACGAUGGAGAGACUGAUAAGUUUUCCUUUAGACUGUCCUUUGCCCCACCUUAUGUUACCCAUGGCUCUCGAAUUGAGUUUGUGGUUCGCUUUGAAACGCCUGAUGGAGAUUACUGGGCGAAUAACAAUGGUAGGAAUUAUGUUGUGACCCUUCUCUUGUCCUAUGAAGAAGAAUUGGCUCAAGCCAGCAGAUAUGAUAUGCAAGACAUAAAAGGUAUCCUGAAACCUGGAAAAAUCUACAGUAUGGAGGAUGACUUUUACGAUGACCCAGACCUGGAAGAAGGUGAAACAGAGUGCUCUGUGACAGAUUAUGUGAGGCCUAUUCCCAUCUGCCCAGUUAUUAUCCAACCAGAGAUCGAUGUGGAGAUGGUAUAUGACACAGCCAGUUCUCCUCUCCUACACAACACAGACCUUCCAUCAGCUGAUGGAACGCUGUCCAGUGCUGCUGUGUCUCUGGGUGAACAAUCACCUGACGUGUCUUCCACUGCCUCAACUCCAACCACUGAAGACCCAUUGGAAGCCUCUCCAGAAAACCAACCUAUACAGCUCUCUGAACCCGAGCCUGAACUAAAACGGGACAAUGAAUCAGACAACCAAAACCAUGACCUAACUAUGACUGAUACUGAACUGACACUCACUGCUACUGACUCAGCUUGCUUGGACUUGAUUCACUCUGUCACAAACUUGAAUAUAGAUCUGCAUAAUACCAACCUGGAUGACACUGUCACUAACCUCAAAGACACAUGGGAGAUCAGUCAAGCAAUCUAUCAGAGAAACACAAGCCUCUGAUUCCUGAGUCUGAGCCUACCAUGGAAAGGAUUCUGAUCUCAUCAAUCAUCUUCUUGAGUGUAGUGAUCUGCAUGACACUGGUGCUCCAUCAGCCCAGUGUUUUCCUCUUUGUGGGACUUUUCUUCAUCACACUCUGUUUCUAAUCACUCAAGAGCCAUGUUCCUCCUGCCAGGUGCCUUUUCAUGAUUCCAAACAAACAUAAUGAUUAUUAUGUGCACAAGUGGAUCUUGUUGUUUUUUGUAUUUGUGCUUGUGUGAGGGUGUAAAUGUGUGUAGGAUUUCUCGCACCAAAAAAAGUUGCUGUUGUAUUUCCUCAUGAUAUCCAAUAUGAGGUCAAGAUGAUAGUUAAUUAUUUGCUUUUUACUUAAAGGAUUUCAAUUGUAAAAACGGUUUUUCAAAAGUGGAAAUUAAAACAUAUGGAUAUUAUAAGGAAGUAACUCAUAAACACAUGUAAUAACACUCUUAUUGUUUAUACUUGGGUACUAACAUUUAACAGGAUUGCUACUCAUUUGACCACAAAUAAUAAUAAUAGAUUUUAUUUGUAACACACUUUACAUUUGAAACAAAUCUCAAAGUGCUACAGUUAAGAUUAUAAUAAAAGGUAAGAACAUCAAUAUAAAAUACAAUUAGAUAAUGAUGUUAAUUAAAACUCAUAAGCUCUGCUAAAAAGAUAUGUUUUUAGUCCUUAUUUAAAAGUCUCGGUAGUUUGAGACUUGAGCACCUACUGUAUCUUCUACUCUUUACUUUAUAAAUGACAUGGCAUUACAAUUUGUGGUGGGAGAACAUGAUGUUACUGACAACAUUAGUUUUCUUCUUGUGUGUUUGAUAUCAUUAGUAUUAAUAUGUUAGUUAUGUUAACAUGGGUAAUUAUGUUUUUCCCCCCUGUAAAUCCUUGUAGUCUCUCACUAAUAUGUAGCAGGGUAUCAAGGACAUAGCUGUAUAACAGAUAAGGUACAUUAAGGAAUCAAAGGUUCUGCAGUAAAAUGUUCAAUUCUAAAACGAUUUAUCCACCAUUUGAGUCGGAAUGACAUCUUGGCCAUCUUUGGCUAAUAGACCAUUAAGAUAAUCUUUCAAAUUAAUGUACAGUACAGACCUAUAGAAUUUUUACGUGAAACACUUUGAUGUCAAAGUCUGUACAUGCAUGUUCGGGGAAAAAAAGCUUUCCCAAACUUCUAUAGCACAGUCAUGACCAUUUAGAUUUAGAAAAUGAAUUAAUAUAUAUUUGAAGUGAUAGAUAUGUAUGUUUGCAGUGUGUGUAUUUGUGAAUGUAAGUGGACCAUAAAAUUAGGUCUUUAACUCUUA